AUGAAGGUGCCCUCAAUUCUGACGAAGGUCUGGCUUGUUGAUAUCCCAAAGGUUGCUCUCAUUACUGACACAACUUUAGUUGGAAAUUAUAUUCACAGACUUCAUCUUUCAGUUGAUUAUGCUCUGGCUAGUAUGGCAGGCCUUUGGAAAGAUGAGACUCGUCGCCGAAAGUCUAAGAUGCCAAAUGCGCCAGCUGGUAGCAGUCCAUUUCCGCCUGAGGUGAUGUUUUCAAUGUCAGCAGAUCCUCAAUAUUCUCAAGAUGGUGGAUGGAUGCAUGAAAACGAGUACAGGGAAAUGGUCAAGACGUUGAUACAGGAGGAACGGAACGGAGGCGACACCUCAAAACCAUCUUUCAAUAAUUUCGUCAAAUCAAUACCCUUUGAGACUUCUGUUAAAACCAGCCUUGAGUCUGUGGAAGAUUUGUACCCGGAAAACCUUCUUUCUGCUUUCGAAUCCGUGUAUGAGGAGCAAAAGCGUCAUUCUUUGUAUGAUACUCGCGGGGCAGGUGAGGUUGACGAAAAUCUUAUCACCGAACUUGCAAUCGAUCAAGGUGGAACUGGAGACGACUACGAUUCCGAUGAAGAUGUGAUGAGAGAGAUAGAGCUUUCCCAGAAGCGUAAAGGGGAUCAUGUAGACAAAGAAAUAUCUGAACCUCAGACUGCUGUGACAUCUCGUAAAGAAUCUCGUAGGGAAUUUACUACAUCAGAUGAGCAAGCAGUUCAGCUUGAACAAAAGGAAAACAAUCAAAGCUCUGUACACCACCCGAGAGUUCCCGCUACAGAAGAUGAUUCCUCCUUCAUAAGUGCACAAAUUAGUCGAUCGGCCGAUCGGAUUAAUUUUGGCCAUGAUAUCAUUCACAAUCAUAGGGAUGAAGACAUCAAUUCUGAAGUCGAGAUAUCGCAACUACAAGGAGAGUUCCCAGAUGCGAAGAGACGGAAGACGAGCACAAUGGUUCAUUCUUCACCACAAUUGUCUCCUACAACACCACCAGUGCGAAGAAAUAGCCAUACUGAGCAGCAAAGCAGCCUGGGUCUCAGAGCAUCCAGUACUAAGUUUUCCUCUCAAGAGUCGCUCAAUUUUCCAGUGACAAAAGAUCCGCACGAUUCUAGCACAAUAACAAAGCUUAGCCAGUAUCCUGGAGAUAUAGACACUCCCAUGGUAAAGACGCACGUCUCUUUUCAUGCUAUUUCACCAUCACUUGCAGACAACAGGUUUCAGACGACAAGCAUGGCAAACUAUUCAACAGUGCAAGGUCUGACUUCAAGGUUAAGCUCCUCUACGCAGGACAGCCUUUUUAUAAAAAUUAGAGACGAGUUUGAAGGCCGCAUUGGGUCGCUAGUAUUAGCACACCAGCAACCUCCCCCGUCGGCUCAGUAUAUUUCUUCAACGAUGUCAAACUUCAAUAUACCCACCGUUUUAUAUCAGGAUGCUUUUUAUAGUAAUGAAGAAGACGUUCCUGAGCGUCCCAGGGAAUGGGCGGGCAGAGAAUUCAAACUUGGAAGCACGAGCCUACCGUUCCUUCCCGAUUUUGACCCAUCUGCAACCUCAGACGCAACUUUUGGGCUCAGGUCGGUCGUACUUUCGGACAAAACCAAGGACGAGGAAAUUUAUCAUCAUCGCCGUCGCGAGUGUAGCCUCCGGGUUUGGACUUUUGCAGAAACACCACCCACUUAUGCAGAUGUACAUUGUUGGGCUCGCAAUGAGACGUUACGGCAGGGAAAUAAAUCCGAGAAGUCAAAGGAAGGUACAACUUCCAAGUCGUCAGUCAGCAAUCGCCGAAAGGAGGCAAAACUUUCGCAAAUUGACGGUCCAACUCAAAAGAAUAAGCAAGGGAUCAAGUACACACAAAUUGAAAAGACGGCCAAUAUCCAACGUGAGGCUCAAUACAUGAGUGUCAUGAGCCUAGAAGUUCAUGUCAAUACACGAGGAAGUUUUGUUCCCAAUCCCGAAGAGGAUGAGGUUCAAUGUAUUUUCUUCUGCUUUCAGGCUGAUGAUGAAGGCACUGAUGGUAGCCCGUCACAACCAGGGAUUGUGAUCCUGUCAGCUGACAAUAACAAUAUCUCUGAGAGAGUAUCGAAUCAAGUUCCAUUCGAGGUACACGCAGAAUCUUCUGAACUUGAUCUACUCAUCCGUAUGGUAGGAAUCGUGCGAGAGUACGACCCAGAUAUCUUGACUGGUUUUGAGGUUCACGGUGGAUCUUGGGGAUAUCUUAUUGAACGAGCAAGAGUGAAAUACGACUACGACCUGUGCGAUGAGUUUUCGCGCAUGAAAGCCCAAUCCCAUGGCCGUUUUGGCAAGGACAACGACAAAUGGGGAUUCAAUAAUACAUCCACAAUUCGUGUCACAGGCCGACAUAUGAUCAACAUUUGGAGAGCCAUGCGAGCCGAGCUCAAUCUCCUCCAAUACACAUUAGAGAACGUGGCUUUUCAUCUGCUCUACCGGCGAAUUCCUCAUUAUACAUGGGCUGAUCUAAGGACCUGGUACACGAAUGGAUCGGCCCGAGAUUUGUCCAAAGUACUCACGCACUACGUGUCCCGUGUACAACUCGACCUAGAAAUACUUGAGCAGAAUGAAUUGAUUUCACGUACAAGCGAACAAGCACGACUCUUGGGUGUCGAUUUCUUUUCAGUUUUCUCUCGGGGUUCACAAUUUAAGGUAGAAUCUCUGAUGUUCCGCAUUGCAAAACCAGAGAACUUCAUGUUGAUAUCUCCUAGUCGAAAACAAGUUGGAGGUCAAAAUGCUUUGGAGUGUCUCCCCCUCGUUAUGGAGCCUCAAAAAUAUACACGGGAGGAUAGGCUGUUAGAGUUGCUGAAAGACCACAUCAAUAUUGCUCCCAAUGGAAUGAUGUACGCGAAACCAAACAUCCGGAAGUCUCUCCUAGCGAAAAUGCUGGGCGAAAUACUUGAGACGCGGGUUAUGGUGAAGAGCGGAAUGAAGCUAGACAAGGAAGAUAAAGCUCUACAAAGAUUAUUGAACAAUAGGCAGCUAGCCUUGAAACUUAUCGCCAAUGUUACCUACGGAUAUACAUCUGCAUCGUUUUCUGGGCGCAUGCCGUGCUCAGAGAUUGCUGACAGCAUUGUUCAAACCGGUCGCGAGACACUUGAAAGGGCCAUUGCACUUAUACACUCAGUCAAACGCUGGGGCGCAGAAGUAGUAUAUGGCGAUACGGACAGCUUGUUUGUCUACCUAAAGGGUCGCAGCAAAGAUGAGGCAUUCGAUAUUGGGAAUGAGAUUGCAAAAACGGUCACCAACAUGAACCCACGUCCCAUCAAGCUCAAAUUCGAGAAGUUGUAUCUUCCCUGCGUGCUCCUGGCUAAGAAGCGAUAUGUAGGGUUCAAGUACGAAGGCAAAUCACAAAUAGAGCCGGACUUUGAUGCGAAAGGUAUUGAGACGGUACGACGUGAUGGAACACCAGCUGAGCAAAAGAUUGAAGAGAGAGCUCUUAAGAUACUUUUUCGCACAGCUGACCUCAGCCAAGUAAAAUCCUAUUUUCAGGAGCAGUGCGAGAAAAUCAUGAAAGGUUCUGUGUCUAUCCAGGACUUUUGCUUUGCGAGAGAAGUCAAGCUUGGAACAUAUAGUGACAAAGGACCACCGCCCCCAGGUGCUCUUAUCAGCACCAAAAAGAUGCUGGAAGAUGCACGAGCAGAGCCGCAGUAUGGUGAGCGAGUCCCAUAUGUGGUCGUCACCGGCGCUCCAGGAGCCCGAUUGAUCGACCGCUGUGUGGCGCCUGAAGAUCUUCUCAACAGCGAUCACAGCGAAUUGGAUGCGGAGUAUUACAUCUCUAAAAACCUCAUUCCACCACUAGAACGAAUCUUCAAUCUCAUGGGUGCCAAUGUUAGAAGUUGGUAUGACGAGAUGCCCAAAGUUCAGCGCGUUCGCCGAAUCGAGAUGAAUUUUGAUCAAGGACAACUAAAAGAGCUGGGCAUCAACAAGAAAACGCUCGAGUCAUAUAUGAAAUCAUCUUCAUGUCUUGUGUGUAAAGACAAACUUGAGGCCGAGGGAUUUCUCUGUCCUCAGUGUCAUUCAAAUGCCUCUGAAUCCAUGCUUUCUUUGCAGACUAGGCUCAAAAUUGAGGAAAAGAAGUUUCUAGACAUAAAGAGCGUUUGCCAGACUUGUUCUGGCUUAUAUCCACUGGAGGAAGUGAAAUGCGAUAGUAAGGAUUGUCCAGUAUUUUAUACGAGGGUGAGACAGAGCAUGCGUCUGAAGACGGAAAGAGCCUUUGUUGUCCCAGCUAUGCAGGCUCUGUCGGCAACUGAUGGAACGGAGGUAGAUUUUACGGAUCUAGAGUGGUGA